AUGUUCACCUUCGGCAGCAACUGGUUCAACAGCCUUGCUGUUCUGUUCCUCUUGGGCGCCGCUACAGCAGCCCCUGCACCAGACAACAUGGCGAACCAUGAACCAAGCAAUGCCACUCUGGUUCCUCGCAGCUGCCAGACAGUUGCUCCGAGAGUUUUAGCCCUGCUCAACGAGAACCAACCCGAUGUUUUCAUCCCUUCUUCCGACAACUUUAUUGUCUCCCGCACUUCUCAACCGCCCCACAAUGACCUGAUUAUGACAUUUUCAUUCGAAUUACCAUACGGAGCGACAGGCUGCAUGCUACAGAUCCAAUGGCCUGAAUCUGAACCCCCCUUCAGCUCUGGCCCCUCAGAGACAGUCGAAGUCUGGACGGUGAAGCCUUGGGGACCUAACGUUUUGGGAUCGACUGAACCUACUUUUGCCAACCCGCCCGAGCUGGAUCAAAUGGUUGGCACAGUCAAUUUCCCCCCGAAGCGACAUCCGGGCGCUUUCAAGACAAUUGUCGCCAGCGGUUCAUGCACGUCCACCAUGAGCUAUUUGGUCAAAUUCGCAGAAUGGCAGAAAGAGGAAGGUUUUGUGGGUUUCGAAAACAUGCCGGGCAGGUUGGGAUGGUCAUUGAUUUACAACUGUUAG